AUGGAUGAUACCCUGCCAGAUUCCCAAGCAAUUAUUGCCCCAGUCCCUACAGUUAUCCUUGCUGUUGAAGACCAAUACAAGGCCUUGUCAGUAGCAGAUAUUAGCCAUUUUGUCGUUCACCUCGCCACUCUGCUAAUGGGUUACCUAAGACUUUCUGAUAGUAGAUUGAACUCUAUCAUGCAGUUUGUUGCAGGAGUGCCGUACAAUUUCAAUAAACCUUGGCCGUUCUGGUUUUUCAUCUGUAAACCCGUGUCGAAGGUUUUCUUCAAUGACGAAGAACAACUGCAAUGGCUGAAUGCUGUUCGGGUCCGAACCAAAGAAUUCAUUGCGUUCACUGAUACCCAAAAGCAAAAUGCUUUCAACAAAGACGAUGCGCCCAUUAAGGAAAUGAAACUUCAGGUAGUUGAGGUCGACUUUUCUAAACCCCAGCUUGGAGAGGAUCUGAAGUUAUUCUGGAAGCCCGCGCAAGCAAUUAUUUAUCAAAAGGUUCAGAACUGUGAGUGUACAUAA